GAGCAAAUGAUACUAGGAAAUAUGAAUAAAACAUUUUGAAAAGUAUUGAAAUAUAAUCUUUCCAUUAUGGAUGAUUAUACACCUAUAGACGAAGAUUUUCCUGGAAGAUUGCUUCACCAAGCUGCCCUUUGGGAUAAUGCAGAAUUGUUGGAAGAUCUAUUAAGAGGUGAACAUGCUCAAUAUAUAAAUAGUCAAGAUUCUUGGGGUAGAACACCAUUACAUGCUGCAGCCAUAACAGAGAAUUCUCGAUGUUUAGAUAUUCUUCUUAAAGCAGGUGCCAAUCCAAAUAUACCAUGUGGGCCUAGAGGCCAUUACCGUACACCAUUACAUAUUUGCACAGAACAUGGUCAUAAUUCUAAUGUAGAAAAACUUUUGGAAUUCAAUGCUGAUUUAAUGAUCUGUGAUGACAAUGGGUUAAAUCCAUUGAAUAUAGCAGAAAAAUAUAAAAACAAUAUAUGUGUUAACUUACUUAAAUUGGCUGCUGAAAGAUAUGAAUUAGCAAAACAUGCAUCUCAUGCUUCAUUACGUGCUGCUUGCAUUCAAGGUGAUAUUGUGGCAGCUAGAAAUAUGAUUCAAAGUUUGUCAGCUGAUUUGGAAUCAAUUAUUAAUAUGGCUCCAAAUGGUGCAAAUACAUUACUCUUUAUUGCUUGUGAAAUGGGCCACAAAGAUAUAGUUAAAUUACUUUUGGAUAAUGGUGCAGAUUGUAGAAUACAUCCAGUUACUAAAUAUUGCCCAUUAUAUAUAGCUUGCCACAAUGGUAAAGUAGAAAUUGUGGAAAUGCUUCUUCGUUAUUUCCCUAAUCAAAUACAGUUCCUUACGGUAGAAAAAUGGCUGCCCAUUCAUGCAGCUGCUCUCAAUGGUCAUUAUUUGGUUAUUGAUAUAUUAUUAAAAUUUGAAUAUCCACAAAAUCUAUAUCAAAGAUAUAGAGACACUCCUGGAGAAUUUGAGUAUGAAAUGCCAUUUGAUAUUAAUACUCAGGAUGCUACAGGCCAAAAUGUUUUGUACAUAUCUAGUAAUUUGGGAAAUAUUAAAAUUGUGGAUAUGUUAUUAAGUUAUAAAGUGAAUGCACGAAAGAUAAAAGAAGAAGAUGCAGGAAUUACUCAGCCAUUGCCUAUAUCCAAACGAAAGAUAUCUAGUGGAAUUCAAAGGUUAAUGUCUACUUUGAAUUUUAGAAGCAAGUCUUAUGAUAAAAAGGAUGAUAAUAUGAUAAGUCCUAUAAAUAUAGAUUUAUAUUGCAAUAACAGUACUGAAACAGCAUUGCAUGCUGCUGUAAAAGCUAGACAUACAGAAGUUGUAGCAGCAUUGUUAUCAGCUGGAUCUAAUCCAAAUUUAUCAGCUAAAAUAUCUAAUGAUCAUGGUGAUCAAGAAAUGAACAACUCUACUGUAUUAACUAUAGCUUGUCAAAAUCGUGAUAUAAAAAUUGCUGAUCUUUUAUUAAAACAUGGAGCUGUCGAUAAUGAUUGUAAAGCAUUAAAAAUUGCAGCACAAAACAGAGAUGAGGCUUUGACUGCUAAGCUAUUAUCUAUAAAAGCUUAUCCCGACUCAGAGUAUAAAAUUAAUAAAAAAGCCAUGACAGACUGUACUCAAACUUCACAUUUUUCUGCACUUCCUUCUUUCGGUAAUGUUACUUAUUCCACUUUAUUUCCAAAUACUCCGACUAUGAUAAAUUGGCAUAAUCAACAAUGUCAUUUAUCUCAAAUUCGCUCACAAUGGUUGAUUGAUGCUGUACUACACGUUAACAAAAAAUUAAGUCCUAAAAAUAAUGAUCUUGUAUUAUAUGCUAUUACAAGGAUAGACAUAUCUCAUAAUUCUAUAACUUCUGUACCAUCUAUUAUAUUUUACUUGCAGAGUUUAAAAUACUUAAACAUGGCACAAAAUAAAAUUGAUAUUCUUAUAGCUGAAUCAAAAAAUCCAAAAGAUAAACUAUGUCCCGUUUUGGAGGAAAUAUAUUUGCAAGAUAAUCGUUUAGAGCAAUUACCUGACUUUAUAAUGAAUUUACCAUCUCUAGAAAUCAUGGAUGUAUCAAAUAAUAAAUUACAAUGCCUUCCAGAAAAUUUGUGGCGCGCACCUAAAUUGAAAGAGCUAAAUGCAUCAUUUAAUUUGUUACGUGACUUGCCUAGUCAAAUUUCUCAAAACAUUUCAAAAAAGCCAUCACGUGAAGAUUCAUUAAGCAAUAGUCCUAGCACACGAAGUUUAACUUCUCAAUUAGGUAUUCCUCGGGAUGAUUCUCUAGAAUUUGAAUCGUUUACAAAAAUAGCUAAUGCUCAAAUUAUAGAAAUGGAACGUCCACACUUUUGGACAGGAUCUAUCCAAGUUUCAGAAAAAGUUUCAGAUGAUAUAGAAACUGGUGUUAGAUCAUUAUUGGGAUCUUUAAAUUUAGCACACAAUUUGUUUAAUAGCAUACCAGUAGCAUUACCAUGUUUGGCUGUUAGCUUAGUCCGUUUAAAUAUGGCUUACAAUUCUCUUAGAUCAAUGAGUCAUAUUACUUCCUAUCCUGCCAGUUUAAAACAAUUGGAUUUAUCAAACAAUCAAAUUUCUUGUUGGCCUAGUUUGCCACAAAUUGAUAGUACAGAUUCAAUGGAACAAGCGAACACAGCUUGUUAUUGUCCUACUACUAAUAUACAAUCACCUAUGAUCCCUAACAAUAGACAAACAGCAACAUCUUUACGUGAUAUUGUUCUUAUGUCUGUAUGUACGCAUAGGAGGCAUUUACGACUAGAAAAUUUAAGAACACUUAUUCUUGCUAACAAUUUAUUGAGUAGAAUUCAAUUAACUUCAAUAGAUGAUGGAGAAAUGCCAAAUAUAGACGAGGAAGGUGUAGAUAAAGAUAUGAAAACAAACUAUUCUGGAUCUAAAUUAUAUCUCCUGUUUCCAAAUGUUAGUAUGCUGGAUAUAAGCAAUAAUCAAUUAAAAGAAAUACCUCAAAAUAUUUAUGAAUUGAAUAACUUAUCUGUUUUAAACAUCAGUGGUAAUACUGAAGUUGUUGAAUUACCCCCACAAAUGGGGUUGCUCUCUCGUUUAUGGAAUUUGAAUACUCAAGGUUGUAGAUUGCAAGAACCUUUAAAAACAAUGAUAGAAUCUAAAAAAUAUAAAACAAUGGAUGUUAUAGGUUAUUUAAAAUCAAUUCUUGAGGAUGCAAAGCCUUAUGCACGAAUGAAAUUAAUGAUUGUAGGAAUUCAAGGAAUUGGAAAAACAAGCUUAUUAGAACAAUUAAGACAAGAAGGUGAAGUUCCAAAUAAAAAGAAAUCAUCAGAACAUUGGGCUAAAAGAAUGGGUAAUAAAAAUAUAAAUGCUAAGACUGCCAGAGGAACAAUUAUAUCUACUGUUGGAGUUGAUAUCGGAGAUUGGAUAUAUGAGAAAAAAAUAAGAACACAAUCUUCACAUGGACCAGUUUAUUUUAGAACAUGGGAUUUUGGUGGACAAAGAGAAUAUUAUGCCACUCAUCAAUAUUUUCUUUCAAAACGUAGUUUAUAUUUAGUUGUAUGGAGAAUAACUGAUGGUUUCAAAGGUGUUUCUGAAAUAUUUCAAUGGCUAGUAAAUAUUCAAAGUAGAGCUCCUAAUUCUCCUGUAAUCAUAGUAGGUACACAUUAUGAUAUUUCAUAUGAUCAUAGUGAAAAACUACAACAAUACAUUCGCGAUAAAUUCAUUAAUGUUGUUGAUGCUGAAAAAUGUGGUUUACCAAAAGUAAUGGAAACAGUUGAAGUGAGUUGUAAAACUAGGCAUAAUAUAAAAAUGCUAUGCAAUUUAAUCUAUGAUGUUGUAUUUAGUUUAAGAUCUCCAGGAAGUAAAGAAUUAUUAUUAGAACAAAAAGUUCCUGCGAGUUAUCUUGCUUUAGAGGACGUUGUAAUACAACUUGCUCAUGACAGAAAAUUAGCUGGUGUAGAUCCUGUAUUAAAAGCUGAACAAUAUUAUGCUGCAGUAAAUAGUGAACUUCAAAAAUUACAUAGAUCUUUUAGAGAUCCAGCAGAAUUACAUCAAGCAACUCUUUUUCUUCAUGAAAAUGGAAUUAUUUUACAUUAUGAUGAUGCUACACUUAAAGAUUUAUAUUUCCUUGAUCCACAAUGGCUUUGCGAUAUGCUUGCCCAUGUAGUUACGAUAAGAGAGAUAAAUCCUUUUGCUCGAUCUGGUAUAAUGAAAUUAGAUGAUAUUCAACAUGUUUUUAAAUCUUCAACUAUAUCGUCAAUUGACACUCAAGGAUACAUUGUAAGUCUUCUUAACAAAUUCGAAGUUGCAUUAACUUGGGAUUAUCGUACUUUACUCAUACCAUCUCUUUUACCAACUGAAGAAGAUGUUUUAAGAAACAAUCAAAUUAUUAAAAUUCCAGUAAAAUCACGAAGUUGGUAUGCGCGUACUAAAAAAAUUACAUCGCCCAUGAUUACUUGUCUUAAUGUAGCAGGAGAAAAAGCAACUUCAGAAUGUGUAUUAACUUCUAGAUCACAACCUGACUGUUCUGUAACAAGAUUACUUCUUAUGUCUUAUUUUCCUAGUGGCUUUUGGUCCAGACUCAUAACAAGAAUCUUAGCUGAUGAUGCUAUUGUAGAGAUUGUUAUGUCUUUUUUAGCUCCUUUCAAAGAUUUUGUUGAUGACAAUAUUUUCGCAAGUUUAUUGGAUAUCCAAGCAGAAUGGAUUUUAUGGCAAACUGGUAUAGAAUUACGUUAUGCUGGAAUUACUUUAUUGCGUUUAAAAGAAGUUAAUUAUAAUUUAAAAAAUUCGCCUUACGAUUAUAGACAAUUUAAGUUUAAACUAAAACAAGAUGGUAUAUGGUGUACAGUUGAUUUAAAAAAUUCUGCUAUUUUAGAAAUUUGGUUUCCUGUUGACACACUUGUUAUUAAGCAACCGAUUAUGACAGAUUCGAUAGAUGAUGAACCAGUAGGAUACCAAGCAAUUGCAGUAGAACCACGACCAGAAAGUGUACCGCAAAUGUUAGCUUUAAUAGUUGAUCAUAUUGAUAUUUUAUUAGAAGAUUGGUACCCAACUUUAGGUACACGUUUUGUACAUACCUCUGAAGGAAAAUUAUUAGUUACAAGGCUGAUCCCUUGUCCUAGAUGUUUGCUUAGCAAUAUAGAUUAUGAAAAUGAAAUACAUGAUAAUAAUGAUCAUUUAACAGAAGAUAUUCAUAAAUAUUAUAUAAAUCGUGAGAGACAAAGCCAAGAUAGUUACAAAUCUGAUGGUGAUAGUGGCGUAGGAUAUGAUAGUUUAACAUCAAGUAGAAUGUCAUCAUUAGAAGGACAUCCCGAAAUAUGGAGAAACUUCCAUUCAGAAAGUAUACUUACAUAUUCUUGGAUGGUUGAGGAAUGUAUUCUUGCAGCUUAUAGUAAUAAACCAAUCAGUUGUCCCAAACAUUCAGAUAUACCACUCUCUCAUGUAGCACCUGAUAUUAUUUUCAUGGAUUUAGGUGUUAAACAUUUAAUAAGAUCAGAAGAUAUUAAACGGGGAAAAUUAUUGGGAAGAGGUGCAUUUGGUUUUGUUUUUAAAGGUGUUUGCCGCCUUCCUGGUACACAUAUUAAGACAGAUGUUGCUAUUAAAAUGUUACAACCUGUUCCACCAGGUUCAAAUUCAAAACAAUCUGCCAUUCUUGCAUAUAAAGCUGCGCAAAGUAAAUGGGAUAGAGAUCCUCUUCAAUAUGCAUGCAAAGCAUAUUGUACAGCUAGACAAGAACUAAAUAUAUUAUUGACUUUAAGACAUGCCAAUAUUGUACCAUUAAUAGGUAUAGUUAUCAGUCCAUUAGCUUUAGUAUUAGAUCUAGCACCUGAAGGAGCAUUAGAUAAUGUUUUAAAAAAUUAUAGAAGAUCAGGUGCUAAACUGGAUCCAUAUACUCUACAAGCUAUAAUUCUUCAGGUGGCGAAAGCUGUAGAAUAUCUUCAUCAACAGCACGUAAUAUACAGAGAUUUAAAAUCUGAAAAUGUUUUGGUAUGGCAAAUGCCAUUACCAUUUCAAGAUCAUCCAGAACAUCCAGUACAUGUAAAAGUAGCUGAUUAUGGUAUAUCUAGAUUGACAUUACCUACAGGUGCUAAAGGAUUUGGAGGAACAGAAGGUUUCAUGGCUCCUGAAAUUAUAAAAUAUAAUGGAGAAGAAGAGUAUACUGAAAAAGUGGACUCGUUUUCAUUUGGCAUGUUUAUAUAUGAAUUAAUAACUUUAAGACAGCCAUUUGAAGGACAUGAGGCAGUUAAAGAAUGCAUUUUAGAAGGUGGAAGACCUCCAUUAACAUAUAGAGAAACUUUUCAUCCAUGUUAUGCUCUUGAUUUAAUGGUUAUUUGCUGGGCUCAAAACCCAAAAGAUCGACCCACAGCUAGUCAAAUAGUAUCUAUCGCAUCAGCACCAGAAUUUACUCAUUUAAUAGAUGUUAUAUUAUUGACAGAAAGAACACAAGUUACUGCUGUUACUAUGACAAAUACAAUUUCAGAAGAAAAUAUAAAUGGAGAUGAAAUUUGGUUUGGCUAUAAUAAUGGUGAAGUGGAUAUGUUAAUAGGAACACAAAAAGGAUGGUUACGACAUAUUAGAAUUGAAACACCAGUAAUACCAUAUGCUAUGUGUGGAGUAGAUGGUUAUAUAUGGAUUGGAGAUAAUACUGGACAAAUACAUGUAUACUUGGAAAACAAUUUUGGCUGUGUAGCUAGUUAUCAUCUUGAACCAGAUCAUAACAAAGAAUCCAAAGUAGUAGGUUUAAUAUAUUUGGAACCAUUAAAACAAUUUGCUAUAGCACUACACAGUGGUAAAACAUUUCUUUUAUCUAAUUCAUUUACACAAAUGAAAAAAACAGAAAUUAGUACGGAUAUACAUGAUAAUAUAAAAACAUAUUCUAUAGCAGCAGUAUAUAAAAAAAAACGUAUAUUAGAAUUAUGGAUGGGUCAAAGUUUUGGUAGAAUAACCAUUUAUAUAUUAAAAGAUAUUAAUUUAAUUGAUACAAUUCAAAUUUCACAUGUAACUGGAGAUACAGCUAUGAAAAAUUUAUUUGCUACAUAUUUAUUAAGUGCAGAACAUUCAAUUUUAUCAUAUACCUACCCUGGAUGUAUUGUUUAUCAAUGGGAUAUUGAUUCUAGACAAAUAAUAAAUAAAUUAGAUAUGUCUAAGUUAGUUCCUUGUUCGGAAAGUUUUAAAUCAAUCUCUAUAGAAGAGAAUCUGACAACAGAAAAAUGUCAAAUAACUGCUCUUGAAUCAUAUAUGAAUCAACUUUACAUUGGCACUACUUGGGGUUGUAUUGUUGUUGCUGAAUGUAGUACAUUGAGGCCAAUAACAGUAUUUAGACCUUUUGAAGGUAAAGUGUGUCAAAUAAUUUCAUUUAAAUCAACCGAUAAAAAAAAACUUAUAUUAGUAACAGUUGGUCAGGGCUAUAGAAGUUUAAUAUCACGUUUUACUGAUUUUCCAAUAAAUGGUACAGAAGUAGAAGAUCUUAAGCAUAACAUGUACACUCUUUUAUGGAGAUCUGAACAUUGGUCCGCAGCAUAAAUCUUUCUUAAAAUAUUAUAUCAUUCUCUUUAUUGAUAAAAAAAAUGUGAUUAUAAUUAUUCAAAAAUGUUUAAUUAAUAAUAUGCAUAUAUUGCUAAAAAUGUUGCAUGAUGCAAGAUUACAGUAAAAAUAUUAUCAGUUAAGAAAUAAAAUUUGUCCAUUUUAUAUUAUAUCCUAUAGAUAAGGAGCUUUGUGCAGCUUGCCUCAUUCGCGUAAGAACUUCCUUUAAUAAAUAGAUUUGGGAGGUCCAUGCUUAAAUAUGUACAAAUUUUAAGGUGCUUGAUAGAAGUAAUUUUCAUGAUAUUGAAAAAACAUUUGUAUUCUCACAUAAUAUUUGCCAAACAAUUUUGUAUAUUUAUUCAUUGACUUAGAUAAAUCUACAGCACUGUAACAUAAUUGAAAAAGGAUUAACUGUUAAAAAUUAUGUAAUAAUUAAUACAUGGUACAUUUCUUAAUGUAUUUAAAUAUAUUAAUUGAAUGAUCUCUAAAGUAGAAAAUACGAAAUAUUUCAUAUUAUGACCGAAAUAUUUAUAUCACAUACUUCAUCAUCAAAUAUCACAUUAUACUCUAAUACAUAUUAGAAACAUAUUCCUUCCAAACCUAAUAGCAGGGUCACAAAUAUAAUAUUUUUGUAGAAGAAUGGUGAUGUUUUAAAUAGAGUAUUAUUUAUAUGUAUGUAAAGCAAUAGACACAGUGCACUCAUUUAAAUUUAUUGAAUUUAUAUUAAUUUAAUCUGUAAUAAAUGAAUAUAUAAUAAAACAAAAUAUUACAUAUAAUAUGCAUUUUUGUAUUGCUAUUUGAGUUUAAAAU